AUGGAUAAUCAAGGCGUUGGCAAAGUCGUAAACGCCACGGCCGCCCACGUUGCAGCGCUGACCAGCGGCAUCGAGGCUAGCACGGAGGUUGCGAUAAUGUGCAUCGGCGGCCGUUCGUUUGGGCAGCUUCUCGUUUACACGUCUACGUUCGACUUGGAGAGCCGCUAUGCGGGGAUGAAGAAAGCGUUUGGGGACGAUAUGGAAAUUUUGACGACGACGGGCUCCUCUCCGCCGCAGGAUCUGCAGGCGGCGGACUACGACAAGUUGAUCAGCAACGCGGAGGCAGCGCAUGCUUCGAGUCGUGCGGCGUCCUCGGUUGUCGCGCCCCCUCCUGCGACUUCUAUCCAAGUACCGAGCCCAGCCGCAGCCCCGGGGAACGCGACGCUGUCAACUUCAAACCCAGCGAGCAGCGCUACUUCGUCGAAUGGCGUCCCUGCUAUCAGUACGGCUGGUGCAGGAUCACCGACACACACGUACCCGCCGCCGACACCCACUGCUCCCCAAGCCGACGAGCCAAGCCCGAUAGACGAACCAAACCCAUACCUCUCCGUCCAUGCUAAUUUCCCCAUCAUCAAAUGGGGGAGAAGCGUCCACCACCCAUCUCUGACUAUCAUAUACACCAUUUUUGCACUGGGCUCCAUGCUCGGGCUGCUGGUCCUCAAGUGGUAUAAAGGCGGGAGUUGGCUGUUCGAGAUAAUCUAUCUCGUGUCGUUUCUCGUCGUCAAUCUGUACACUAUGACCAUGCUGGAUGUGCGGCGCGAGAUCUGCUACAUUGAGGUUAGCAGGAACAAUGUCAGCGCGGGGAUGCGAGGAACCUGGGAUGGGUUGAAAGCCGUAGCGAAGACGAUGCCGGAUGCAAAGGACGAGGCGCUUCAGUAUCUAAGACGCGGAUUUGUGUGUCAUCAGGGCGAGACGAUACUGGUCCCCGUUAUGGCGGUGAUGACUCGGGUCGAAGAUGCACCUGCCAGCUGGUGGAUCCUCCUCAACGAACUGCGCGCGCCGAUAGUCCAGAUAGGGUUGUACCUCCUCCCAGACGACAACAUCAACUGGAUCGUCAUCUACGGCAUCGCGGCGUACGUGCAAGCGAGGAUGCAGCGGGCGGUCGCGGAGCGGUAUAUACAAGACGCGAAGACGCGCCGGAUUUUCUGGUUCCGCAAGCUCAGAGCGCACGUGUUCCCUGUUCACGAGAAGUCGUUCUAUCUGGAUUGCAGAUUGUUUUCUGGGUGGACUAUGGAUCCGUUCAGGGAAAGGAAACGGGGCUGGAGGUGGUGA